AUGCGCGACGCCGACGACGCGUCGAUCGAGCGCGCGCGCGCCGCGGUCGUCGCGCUGUACGACGCGCGGUCGACGCGAGCGACGCGAGACGAGGCGAACGCGCGUCUGAUGGCGCUGUCGGAGGACCCGCGCGCGGCGAGCGUCGCGCUCGGACUGCUCGAACGCGCGCGAGGGGACGCGUGCGUGGCGUAUUACGCGGCGAACGCGCUGAGCGCGACGACGCGCUCGAGGGAGCGGUGGAACGGGGCGAGCGAGGGGGCGCGGGAGGCGAUGAUGCGACGGACGACGGCGGCGUUCGCGGCGACGGCGAACGACGAGACGACGGAGACGGCGGCGAGACGGUUGGGACUCGCGCUGGCGCGCGGAGGCGCGCGAAUGGGGAGCGCGAAGAUGCGGGAGGUGGUGGAGACGGCGUUCGGGGCGGUGCGAUCGAGCGGGGUGGGGUCGAGCGCGAUGCGGGCGGGGAUGGAGUUGUUGGCGCUCGCGGCGGAGGCGUGCGACGAGGCGGAGACGUCGAGUCGACGGGAACUCGCGAUGGCGUGCGCGAACGAGGGAGAGAGGGUUUUGAUUACGGUGCGUGAGGUGUUUAGCGCGUGUGGAAGCGCGCGGUCGCGACAGACGGACGCGUUGAAGGCGUCGUGCGUGCGCGCGGCGCGCGGGUGGUUAAAGUUGGAUCCGUCGGGCGACGUCGGCGGCGGAUUGCGAUUGUCCCCGACUGAGUUCGCCGUGCGACACGGCCAACUUUUCGGGGACGUCUUGCAGUGCUUGGCGAUCGAGAGCGGCGGGUGCGGAGCGGCGGCGGUGGACUUUUUGGUGGAUUUACACCAAGGACGAAGCGGCGGCGAGGCGGAGGAAUUUCAGGCGAUGAACGCGGUGACGCGAGGUUUGCUCGCGCACGCGAGCGCGGCAAACGACUCCGACGACGGCGUUUCGCUCGCGCGAAAUAUUUGUCUCGUCGCCGUUGCGUUGAGCGAACGGUGCGUGAGCGUGCUCGCGCGCGGUGACGAAGAUUCCUUGGCGCUCGUGUCGCUCAUCUUGUCGCUCAUGGAGCGCCACGGUCGCGAGGUGACCGAGGUGGCGGUUGAUUUUUUCUUAAUGAUGGAUGUUGUGGGAGUGUCUUCGAGGCACGAAAGCUUGCGUGCGCCCAUGCACGCGCGUUUGACGGAGGUGUUACUGAAACAAGCGACGUUGCCCGACGAUUUCACCACCUGGGCCGUCGCGAACGAGGACGAGGACACGUUUGAGCGAUUUCGCGAACACGUCGUCGCCGAUCUUCUCGACAACUGUUACGGCGUUUUGCGUGGGCAAUACUUUAGCAUAAUUGGUAGCGCGUUAGGUGCCGCGCAAAAUUGGCAAGCCGCUGAGGCGGGAGCGUUCGCAUUGCGCGCUCCCGCGAGUCGCGUCAACGACGAUUUGGAAGACGCACCCUCGGAGGAGAUCGAAACGUUUCUCGCGCAACUUCUAUCGACGAUUUCUGAGCACACGACCGACAACAGCGGUCUGUUCUCAUCGCAUCAGCUCGUUCGAGCGGGUACGUGUCGCCUCAUCGCGUCUUACGCCAACUGGCUCGGUCGUCGCGGCCCUCCCGCGAACUCGGCGGCGCAAGCCGCGCGCGCGCGCGGCGUUUUGAUGUACAUCACGUCGUCUUUUCCGCAUCCUCCCGCGUGGUCGCGGGCGGCUUUAGCGUUUAAAUCAGUGUGUUCGCGGUGUGCGCGACAUUUGAAGGAACCAUCCACGUUUGCGGCGCUGUUAGAACACACCGAAAGAUGCAUCGCGGACGUGCGAUUGACUUUUGAAAGCGAAGACGACGAGGACGGUCGCGCGUCGGUCACCGAAGGAUUGGCGCGGGUGAUUGCGGCGAUGCCCGUGCAGCAAGCGUCGGAAGCAAGCGCGAGGUUAAUAGCUCCUGUGCUUGCGCGAUGCAAACGGAUCGCUGCCGAAAUGGCGCCGCAGAUUCCUCCGAACCAAAUCGCGCACGCCUCGGCGGCGAGAGCGAUGGCGGCUGAACUCGCCUUGAUCGCGGCGUCGGUGAGAUUCUUAGAAUUUUUACCGAGUGCGACGAUCGCGUCGAGCUGUGAGCACCCUGCCAUCUCUGUUUUAGCCGCGGCGUGGCCGACGCUGGAAGAAAUCGUCGCGAAGCGAACGUGGCAAGCGCCGAGCGUGAUUAAAGCUGCGGCGGAGAUUUACGUCGCGGCGCUUCUGAGCGCCAAGGAAAGUUCAGUCAACAUGAUCGUGCCCAUGCUCGAAUCCAUCGCGCGCACGUUCAUGGCGACUAAGUGUGCGUCCUUGCUCGAGCCGAUCGCCACCGCGAUAGAGGUGGCGUCGAUCAGCUCGCCCGAGAGUGGCACGAGCGAGUUGUUGCCAAGCGCCCCGCACGUCGGCGCGACGUUGAGCGCGGCUUUCUCCCAAAUAGCAUGUGAGACCGUGCGUGGCGUGCGAUCGGGAUCAGAUGAUUGGGAUCUCGCUGAAGCUUUAUUUUCCACCGCUAGGGCGUUCGUUAUCUUCGCGCCGGCGCAGGGAUUGGCGAACGAAACCUUGUUCGACGUGCUCGAUCUCUCCGUCGCCGCGCUCGAGCUGCGAGAGUACGCCCCCGUGCGCGCUUCUUUGGCGCUGCUGAACGCGAUCGUUUCUCCCGGUGAAAAGGCCAAGCGAUCCGCACCCUGGGUCGCCAAUGCGUGUCGCGUGGACGAAUACUUCCUCUCCCGCGGCCCGCUCGCGGCGAACGCCAUCCUCCGCGCGGCGUGCGCCGAAAUUACCCCUCGCGCCUGCCUCCGCCCCGCCGCCUCAUUCCUCGCCACUUUACUCCAUACCGCCCCCGACGUCGUCACACCCUGGAUCAUCACCGCCAUCGACGCCCUCGAACCGAUCCAUCCCGCGCGCGAGCGCUUCGCAGCGACGCUCGCCCGCCGCCCCCCUCUCCCCCAUCCUCGCCUCGUCGCCGCGCUGUGCGACUUCGUCUUCAUCGCCAUCGGCGUCGGCGACGUCGACGAUUUACUCGCGUAUGACGUGUAA